AUGGGCUUUCUCUCCAAGAUCGGUCCGCAAACCACCACCAGCCAGGUGGCUCCCGACAGCAACAACUCGGAUAGCGAACUAUCUGUUAUCCAUGAUGGAGAACUCGCCUAUGUCCAUCAGACGGCUGGAAAUGGCGCAUCCGGCUACCAGGAAGCUGUAGGGGCGCCCGUAGAGACACAUUCACCGCUGGGCUAUCACGUCAACUGGCUCACAGUCAUCUUCCUCAACGUCAACCAUAUGAUCGGCACCGGUAUCUUCUCCACACCAGGUACAAUUCUUCGUCUAACAGGCUCCGUGGGUCUGGCUCUGAUCUACUGGGUUGUCGGUUUUAUCCUAGCCGCUGCUGGCCUCGGUGUAUAUUUGGAAUUCACCAGCUUCUUCCCCAACCGAAGCGGUUCUGAGGUCGUGUGGCUCGAACAGAGCUUUCCAAGACCUAAGCACUUCUUCCCGGUAGCUUUCGCCGUUCAGUCCGUCCUCCUAUCUUUCAGCAGCAGCAACGCUAUCGUAUUAUCCAACUAUCUGUGGCGUAUUGUUGGACGUGCGCCGGAGCAAUGGGAGCUCAAGGGUGUAGCUAUCGCCGCAUACACGUUUGCCGUCAUUUGCGUGGUCGCGCACAACAGGUAUUCUUUAUGGGCGAUCAACGGAAUCGGAGCUUUGAAGAUACUACUGCUUGUCUUCAUCUCGAUCUCAGGUUUUGUUAUCCUUGGCGGUCAUGUAUCCAGUGUGACAGACCCCGGCAUCAACUUCAGAAACGGCAACGGCAUGAGUGGAACUACUUCCAGCGGAUACAACCUCUCACAAGCCAUGGUGAAUAUCAGCUUCGCCUUCUCCGGGUGGCAAAAUGCCUUCAGUAUGGCCAACGAGAUCAAAAAUCCUCUGCCUACUCUCAAGAAGAACGCUACCGCGUCGCUAUUAAUCGUCUUCACUCUCUACUUUCUCUGCAACAUCGCCUAUUUUGCCGCCGUUCCCAAGGACGUAUUUAUCGAGUCGAGCGAGCUAGCCGCAGCUGUAUUCUUCCGUACCGCUUUCGGAUCCGCCGCCGAGUCAGCCCUCAACUUCUGCGUCUUGCUCAGUUCUUUUGGCAACCUACUAGCCGUCUUAGUCGGCCAGUCCCGACAGAUCCGCGAGAUUGCCCGCCAAGGUGUGCUUCCAUGGACGGAGUUCUGGGUAUCAACAAAGCCUUUCGGUACACCACUCGGUCCUUAUCUCCUAAAAUGGGUUUUCACCAUCAUUAUGAUCGUGGCACCCCCAGCGGGUGACGCAUUCCAGUUCGUCGUCUCGCUAAAGUCAUAUCCAGAUGCCAUGUUCCAUGUGGCUUUGGGCGCGGGACUCAUUUUCCUCCGCCGGCGUCGCGACCGGUCUGGUACUCCUCGAUCCGAUUUUAGGGCUUGGUGGGCUGUCAUCAUCCUAUAUCUAGCCUCGCAAGUCUAUCUGCUUGUCAUGCCGUGGAUUCCUCCAGUGGGUGGCAUCUACGCUGGCACCGUUAGCUUUUUCUAUGCCACUUACAUGAUCGUGGGAAUCGCGGUGCUCGGCAUUUGCGGUGCUUAUUAUUACGUAUGGAUGAAAGUCCUUCCGCGUUGGGGCAACUAUGCCAUUAGGUCACAGGUGGUCAACGUGGAUGAUAAUGGUGCCAAUACGCAUCGGCUGUUGCGUAUACCUAAUGCUGAGCUAGCUGAUUGGGAUGCCAGCCAUGAUGAGCUUGGUCGGGCGCUACGUUAG